AUGGCGGGGCACAGGAAGACGCCUGCCAUCGCGGCGGCGGCGGCAUUCCUCGUCUGCUGUCUCCUGCUCUCCUCCACGGCGUCAGUGUCAGCGGCGCGCCUGCGGCUGACCGCUGGAAAGAUCGCCUCCCGGCCUCCUCCCCCUCGGUUCCCCCACGAUCUCAUAAUCAUCGAUUCCCCGACCGCCGACGACGACCACGACGGGGGCGAGCGAUUUCCUGUUCCUCCGCCGCCGACCCAUCCUCCGUCACCUAACCCAGCGAAGCAACCGCCGCCGUUUGCCUACUACUAG